CGUCAACAUGGUCCGUUUUUCUACACUGGGUACACUGGGCCUAUCUGCAUGGCUCCUCGGGCUGAUCAGCUCAGCAUCAGCCCAAUUGGUGUCCACUGGCUUUUCCGUAACUCUCAAUGAGAUCGACUAUCUUAUCUCGCCAUAUCCGUCAGGCAACAUAACUGUCUCUUCAACCUCACUAUCCAACAUCCCAAGCGUCCACGGCUUCUACCCAGUCACUGUUCUCCAAGAGCCAAUCCAUAGCACCAACCUAACAUCCCUCUUCUCCACCUGGAUCGCGAGAGAUGAUGUCUUUACAGACGCCUUCACAGGCGCCGUCUUCACCCACAAUGCACACACAAACCCAACCACAACCAUACUCCCCCUAGACUCUACAUCGAUCCCCUCAGGCCCUUACUUCAUCGAAAUAGCCACAGGCAAGCUCUACCCCGUCUAUCGUCUAUACAGCGACUUCGCCGGCGCUUUCACGCAGCCCCUCCUCCAAACCCCAGACAACAAGUUCCAGCCCCUCGCCGCUCAAAUUGCCGGCCUUACAUCCAGCACAGUCGGCGUCCCAUCGCGAAUCUACUACACCCCCACAGACGAAAAACCACUCGCGGGCGUCCGCGUCGGCGUAAAAGACAUCUACAGCCUCGCCGGCGUGCGCCAAAGUAACGGCAAUCGCGCAUGGUACUACCUCUACCCCGAGAAUAACGUCACGGGCACCGCCGUCUCGCGACUCAUCGACGCAGGCGCGAUCAUCGUCGGUCUGCAGAAGCCGUCGCAGUUCGCGAACGGCGAAACCGCUACGGCGGACUGGGUCGAUCUGCACUCGCCGUUUAACCCCCGCGGAGACGGAUACCAGGACCCGUCGUCUUCUUCGUCGGGUGCGGGUGCUUCCAUCGCGUCGUAUGACUGGUUAGAUCUGGCAUUGGGAAGUGAUACAGGCGGCUCGAUUCGCAACCCGGCCCAGGUGCAGGGCGUCUACGGCUCGAGGCCGUCCCAUGGUCUCGUCGAGCUUGAUCACGUCAUGUCCAUGUCUCCGGUGCUCGAUACAGCGGGUCUCCUUACCAGAGAUCCCUAUUUGUGGGAUAAAGCCAACCAGGCUCUCUACAGUACGAAUUACACCUCGUACACUGGACACAAGACAGUCACCUACCCCCGGAAACUAUACACACUCGGUUUCCCAACCACAAACACCACAGCAUCAGAUGCGCUCCUCCUCGCCUUCCAAGACAGACUAACAACCCUCCUCAACACAACUCCCACACCGGUCAACCUCACCGCAGACUGGACCUCGACGCACCCCUCAACCGUCUCGUCUGACGUCUCCCUCCCUGCCCUCCUAAACCUAACCUACGCAAUGCUAAUCAGCAAGCAACAAAUCCCGCUAGUCCGCGACCCGUUCUACGCCGACUACGCAGCCAAACACGACGGCCGGCGCCCAUUCAUCGACCCUGUCCCGCUCUCGCGCUGGAACUGGUCGUCCGCGUACCCAGAUUCCGCGCUAGACGAGGCAAUCCAGAACAAGACUAUCUUCAUGGACUGGAUGGCGGGGAACUACCUCACCCCUGUCUCUGGGGCGGAGUGCUCGUCAUCAUUGAUGAUAUAUGUCGGGUCAAACGGGCUGGCUUCCCAAUCUGCGCGGAACGUCUACCGCUCGUUACCUGGUGCGCCGCUUGGUUUUGGGAAUGCCCGGAUCUCGAAUAUGGGGGAGGUGCCGGACUUUGUGAUCCCCAUUGGCGAGGUAGAGGCGUAUAGCACUAUCACGCACCAUGUGGAGAAGUUCCCUGUUACUGUUGAUGUUCUUGCUGCCAAGGGGUGUGAUGGGUUGAUUGUGAGGUUGGUUCAGGAUCUGCUUGAGGCGGGGAUUAUCUCGAUGCCCAAGGCGGGGGGGAAUAUGGUUGGUGAGUCUGUUUUGUUCUAGUUUAUAGCAGAUUG